UGUGUGUGGACGAAUGAAUGAUUAAAUUUUGUGAUGAUAUAUUUUAUUGAUUUAUUAUUAUUAUUCGAUCCAAAAUGAAUCCCCACGACAAUAUCGAUGAUGAUGAUAAUGAUGAUGAUGAUGCACCAGUUGAAGUAUCGAAAAAAUUCUCCGAACAACAAGCACGAGAAAAUUUUAAACAAGAAAAAUUGGCCAAAAAUUUUAUCGAUGAAAAAUUAAAACAAAAACGACGUCGUGAAUUGGAACGUAAUGUUGAGCAGAAAAAAAUGAAAAUUGAAAAAUUACCUGAAGAUUUUCUCAAAGAAAUCGAAACCGAAUAUUCAGCCGUCACCGAAAUGCCAGAUAAAAAUAUUCGAAAAGUUGAUCCAACAAUUUUGAAAAAGAAUAAACGAGAAAAGAAAAAAUUGGCCAAAUCAAAAACAGUGACCACUCAAACAACAAAAUAUGAGAUUUUAUCAUUGGAUGAAUUGAUCGAAACGGCUAAGGCACCGAUCAUACAAACGAAUGCCUGUAAUUUUCGUGAACAAAUAUUAUUUGAUAAAAAUAAAAAUUGUCGACGAUCAUCAAGAAAAAUGAUGGCCAUUCGUCAGAAAAUUCGUGCUUGUUCGAAGAAAUAAUAAUGGAUUUUUGUGUUUUUU